GAGGUGGAAGACAAGGCGGGCAUUGAAUGGCCAAGAAUCACAAUUGCCCGGGAUUUCAAGUGGAAGUCCCACGUAGACCUCAUCAGGAAAAAGGCCCAGCAGAGGUUGUAUCUGAGGUGGAAGACAAGGCGGGCAUUGAAUGGCCAUGAAAGCUGGCCCAACAAGUGGUGGACAUUGUGAUUUGGGGUUGAAAUGCCCAGGAAGAGUUGGACACCACCUGGCUGAAAGUCUCGGACAUCAAUGACUGAAGGUGUUAUCUAUUAGGUUAAAGAUUUUUCAAUACCCCAGCCACAUCACAGCCUUUUUGUACUCAUCGGAUAUACUACAGUCCCUGAAUUAAUUAACAAUAGCAGUAACGAGCAAAGUGGAGUGAAAAUGAAGUUAUGUUAUUGGAAAAGUCCUCUAUUUUGACUGCAAGACAGGCUCAGGAUGCCUAUGGGACAGCAACAGACCCCCAGUGGAUAGAAAUAGAGAGAAUUUGGACUGAAAACACCACACAUUGGAUGAGUGUUAUGGUGACACAGAUAAUGAGACAUUUUUUGUGCUUAGUGGUAGGGAAUUGCCAUUGAAAAUUUGGCCAAAAAGGGAAGACUUACAGAGUUAAGGCAAAACUAAAAGAACAAGUGGAAAGAAAGUCAAUACUGUGAAUGCUCUGUUCCUUUAAGUGAGCUUAAAAGUUUGGUUUUCCAUCUGUUAGUAAUCAGUAUCUAACCUUGGUCCUUUGGUAAUGAGGUCACACUGCAACUGUUGCUGUCCCCUGACUUUAAAGUUUUAAAGAAGGAGAAGACGACUUUCAGUCCAGUGAGGAGGGAUUCAGGGUAUAACUACAGCCAGACAGGAUUCAUACCAUGUCAUGAACUGUGUUGUUUAAUUUCACACCUCAGCAUUCUGUGUGGCUUUUGAAUAAAAAUAAUGGUAUGUAUAAUGUAUUUGCCAUGAUUGCUCCAGAAAAUGGAUUUCGUUAAUGAAAGGAAUAAAACUAUAUACUGAAUAAUAAUUUUUAUGAAUGCUUCAAAUCAUUCAGAGAAGUUAAAUAUUUGUGGAAAUGUAGCCUAAUAUGAUUAGUGCCACUAACCCGACCUGCACACAGUGUUAUGGUUGCUUUACAAGCUGAAAACAGGAUCAUGGUAAACUCAACUCAGAUUUCAUACUUCACAUUCAAUGCCUACUUUGACAUUGGUCUUUUAAAAUAUUUAUGUUUUCUGAUUGUUAUGUUGCUAUUUAUUUUAAUUCUUUGCUCCAAUCUCCUGCUCAUUGUGGUUAUCUGCAUGAAGAGAAGCUUACAUGAACCUAUGUACAUUUUCCUGUGCAGCCUGUUUGUAAAUGAACUGUAUGGUAGUACAGGGUUGUUUCCAUUCCUGCUGGUUCAGAUCCUCUCUGACGUUCACACUGUUUCUGCUUCAGUUUGCUUUCUACAGAUUUACUGUGUGUAUUCUUAUGGCAGUGUGGAAUUUGCCAAUUUAGCUGUAAUGUCUUAUGACAGAUAUCUCGCUAUAUGUUAUCCUCUACAAUAUAACACACAUAUGACAACUCCUAAGGUUGCCAUGCUUAUUGCUGUAAGUUGGUUAUCCCCUUUUCUUGCAAUUGUUGUUUUGAUAUCCUUAAUUGUCCCUCUAAAGCUCUGUGGGAACAUCAUUAACAAAGUAUACUGUGACAACCACUCCAUCGUUAAACUGGCCUGCUAUGACACCACAGUUAAUAACAUCUAUGGACUUGUUGCAACUUGUCUCACAAUCUUAUGUCCAGUAUCUCUGAUCUUUUACACGUAUAUGAAGAUCCUUAAAGUUUGUUUUUCAGGUUCUAAACAGACCAGACAAAAAGCUGUCAGUACCUGCACACCUCACCUGGCUUCUCUGAUCAACUUCUCUUUUGGUUGUUUCUUUGAAAUAUUACAGAGCAGGUUUAACAUGAAAAGUACACCUAGCAUGUUGCGAAUAUUUUUAUCUUUAUACUUUCUUACAUGUCAACCCCUUUUCAACCCUGUAAUGUAUGGACUGAAUAUGUCCAAAAUCCGUCUUGUGUGCAAAAAUCUGAUCUUUGCUGAAAUGUAG